UUUUGCACUUUUGUAGCCGUGCUGAGAGGUGGACGCCCCUCCCAUAUAUAUAUAACUUUUUGUAUCUACAUAGGUAGAAGAGACCUAGGAAUUCAUUUUGGCGAAGAGUUUCACACACAUUGGUAGCAAAUAAAGAAUUGGCUCGUAUUGCGAGAUACGAUGUCCGACGACCAGAAGGCUUUGGCUUCGGCCGGGGAGCAUGUCUCCGGUCAAUCCAAUAAACCUAUGUCUCGGCCUGCUCACGCAUUGUCCUACGAACAAGUAAUUCAUGAACUAGAUAGCGACCCAAUCAAUGGCCUGUCGAGUGAGGCUGCGAAGCAGCGAUUGGAAGAGCUGGGCCAAAAUGCCCUAGGCGACUCUGAAGGCGUAUCACCGCUCAAGAUCAUCAUAGCUCAGAUCGCCAAUGCCAUGACUCUAGUGCUUAUUCUAGCUAUGGCGGUUAGUUUUGGCAUCAGAUCCUGGAUCGAAGGAGGCGUCAUCACUCUCGUGAUUCUCAUCAAUGUAAUUGUAGGCUUCUUCCAGGAAUACUCUGCUGAGAAGACCAUGGACUCUCUUCGAUCACUCAGCUCUCCCACGGCAUGUGUCGUGAGAGAUGGCAACGCUUCUGUCAUUCCAACUAGCGAAGUCGUCAUUGGUGAUCUGGUGGAGCUGAAGACUGGUGACACAGUCCCAGCUGAUCUUCGUAUCACCGAGGCGGUAAACUUCGAGACAGAUGAGGCACUUCUUACCGGCGAGUCACUCCCUGUCCAGAAGAAUGAGAAUGCCGUCUUCGACGAUGACACCGGCCCCGGCGAUAGGCUCAAUGUCGCAUUCAGCUCUUCCACCGUCACAAAGGGACGAGCCAAAGGUAUCGUUUUCGCAACGGCGACGUAUACUGAAAUUGGCGCUAUUGCGGUAGCGCUUCGUGAGAAGAGUUCUAAAGUUCGGCCGGUUAAGAGGAAGGCAGACGGCACAGCGAAACCCCAUAGGUAUCUGGAAGCGUACACACUGACAACAACUGAUGCUAUCGGCCGUUUCCUUGGCGUCAACGUUGGCACCCCUCUCCAGAAGAAGUUAUCGAGGCUCGCAGUGCUGCUAUUCUUUAUAGCUGUUGUAUUCGCCAUUAUUGUCCUAGCCGCGAACAAGUUCUCAAACAGGUCCGAGGUCAUCAUUUACGCAGUAGCCACCGGCCUAUCCAUGAUUCCGGCUUCGCUUGUGGUGGUCUUGACCAUCACCAUGGCGGCGGGCACGAAAUCAAUGGUUACACGGAACGUUAUUGUGCGGAAUCUGAAGUCCCUUGAGGCUCUUGGUGCAGUCACAGAUAUCUGCUCUGAUAAGACUGGUACGCUGACACAGGGCAAGAUGGUUGCGAAGCGUGCUUGGAUCCCGGCUCUGGGAACGUAUACUGUGGAUACUUCUUCUGAACCGUUCAAUCCUACCGUCGGUGAUGUGAUGUUUAGCGACGAGACACCCAGCCAACUGAAGACUGGCAAGGACUUAUCCGCCAACGGCGACGUCUCUGAGCCAACUGAGCUAUUAUCAAAAGGCGGUUCAGCUUUAGCUAACUACCUACACGUUGCAUCGCUGGCUAAUCUUGCUACUGUUUCGGUGUCCAAUGGCGAAUGGCGUGCUCGAGGUGAUCCCACUGAGAUCGCUAUCCAAGUGUUUGCUUCUCGGUUUGACUGGAAUAGACUUAAAUUCACGCAAGGAGACAAGCCCGAGUGGAGUCAGAUAUCAGAGCUACCGUUCGAUUCCGAUGUGAAGCGCAUGUCUGUCAUUUUCAAGCACAAUCCUACUAACGAGCUUUCCGUCUUCACCAAGGGUGCCGUCGAGCGUGUGCUUGGAAUCUGUCGGGAUUACUACAAAGCAGACAACACGGAGCCAGUUCCGUUGUCUGACGAGUUCCGCGAGCAGAUCCUCGAAAACAUGACAGCACUUGCGAGCAUGGGUCUUCGUGUCUUGGCCCUUGCGAGCAGAAAAUUCGAUGGAACAUUGGAGAAAGGUGACGACGUUGAUCGUGAAGCAAUCGAGUCGAACCUCACGUUUCAGGGACUGAUCGGCCUGUACGACCCUCCACGCCCAGAGUCUGCGCCGGCCGUGAGAAGCUGUCACGAGGCUGGUAUUUCGGUUCACAUGUUGACUGGCGACCACCCGGAGACAGCUAAGGCUAUUGCUAUGGAGGUGGGUAUCUUGCCAACGCGGAUGGAGAGAGUCAGGAAAGAUGUUGCAAACUGUAUGGUCAUGACAGCUAGCCAAUUCGACGCAUUGAGCGACGAAGAGGUGGACGAGCUACCGGUACUACCUUUAGUCAUCGCUCGAUGUGCGCCGAGCACCAAGGUGCGGAUGAUCGAAGCACUUCACCGACGUAAGAGGUUCUGCGCUAUGACUGGCGAUGGCGUGAACGACUCCCCGUCCCUGAAGCGAGCUGAUGUAGGCAUCGCCAUGGGUCAGGCUGGCAGCGACGUUGCGAAAGAAGCCUCGGACGUGGUGCUCUCGGACGACAACUUCGCUAGCAUUGUAGCCGCCAUCGAGGAAGGCCGUCGCAUCUUUGACAACAUCCAAAAAUUCAUUCUACAUGUCUUGGCUGAGAAUAUUGCCCAGGCUCUCACACUGCUUGUCGGCCUAGCGUUUAAGGAUCGUACUGGCUUGUCUGUGUUCCCUUUGGCCCCAGUCGAAAUCCUCUGGAUUAUCUGUGUUACGUCUGGCGCACCGGAUAUGGGCCUCGGUUUUGAACAAUCUGUCUCUGGCAUCAUGAACCGCCCACCGAAGAACUUGGAGACUGGAAUCUUUGACCUCGAAUUUUUGAUUGAUAUGUUUGUCUACGGAGUAUGGGUGGCUGCUCUUUGUCUUGGUAGUUUCACCCUCGUCGUCUAUCGCUUUGGAGGAGGUAAGCUCGGAUCCGGGUGCAACGAAGACUACAACAGUUCUUGUGAGGUAGUCUUCCGGGCCAGAGCCACGACCUUUGCUUGCCUGACCUGGUUCGCUCUGUUUUUGGCAUGGGAGAUGAUCGACCGUCGGCGGUCCUUUUUCAGGAUGCAACCAGGCUCUAAGCGAUACCUGACACAGUGGAUUCGUGACGUCUGGCGAAACAAGUUUCUGUUCUGGGCCGUCGCCUUUGGCUUCUUGUCGCUGUUCCCAAUCGUCUAUAUUCCGGGUCUCAACACGAUCGUGUUCAAGCACAGCGGCAUUACCUGGGAGUGGGCUGUUGUCAUUGCUGCCUCGGUCCUCUUCUUCGGCGGCGUCGAGGCCUGGAAGUGGGCGAAGCGUGUCUAUGUGAGAAGAAGAGAUGCUCGUAACUACGCGAGUGGCGGAAUCGCUUGGAAGGAUCUUGACGUGGAACAGCGCGUGUUUGCCGAAUAUCUUGAAUUCACUUCGGACGAUAACGCUGCUGAGUCGCCUGUUGAAAAACGCCAAUGACUACGAAGGGGCGGGAAGCCCCGUGGUGUGGUUGUGGUAGUGGUGUUUGGCACGGAGUGUAAGCAGAUGGUGCAGACGAACCAGCAUCUUAAAGUCAAGCGGCAUAUUGCCCAGGAUGCUCAGGUGAUUCAGACUACGAAGAUCCUUAGUCGCAGGUUUGAAGGACAUGGUGGCGAUGUCGAUAGUACAGAUGUUGAUGAAUUUGAGGGUGAUGUGGAAAACGUGGAAGCGGCGAAGGGGACAAAAACCGGGGACGGAAUGGAGAUAAGAUGGCUCAAUAGGUGGAU